AUGCUGAUGUAUUUCAAUUUGGUGGCGAAGAGGACAGGAGUUAGAAAGGACCCGAAAAUCUACGACAUCCCAUACGAACCAAUGAUGAGACCACCGACUCCAGAAAUCGCACUACUAUCACCAAAACCCAUCACGGAAACACCAGAAACAGUCCAGAACGCUCCAAAAACCGAUUUCGCAAAACUGCGCCAAAAUUUCGAAAAUGGUUUCCCGAUUUCGGACGCCAAAAAGCCGACUCCCAUAAAACCGAAACCGAUUUUGGUUUCGAAGUUCAAACAUGGGAAAUCUAUAGAGAAUUUGAAUGGGGAAUUCUUGAGGAACCCUGGGAAGUACCACACUGAUCAUCGGAGCGAAGUUUUGCGGUUGCCAAGUUUAUGGUGGGUAGUUGCUAUGGGAUUUGUUGUUUCAUGGUAUAGUCUCAACGAUCUCAUGAACGAGCUGUUCGAGACCGUUACAGCUGUAUGCAACAUGGACGACAAUAAGCCUGGCAGUUUCCCAACAGAGAACUCAGAUGGCAGCACUAGCGAAGAAUCAGUAAAACUAACAAGAAGUUUGACAGAAAAAAGAAAGAACUACGUCCGUAGAGUAUCGACAAGGGUCGCCUAUUUAGACCCAAAGAACAUCAAGAGAUUCAGACACCAGACCUCAAUCUGCUCAUACAAAUCCGAAGUCAUAGACAACCCCUAUUCCACCUUCAGAUCCUGGAAAAGCUUUAGAACCUCUCAAGGAAAUAUAACAAAUAUAACCAAGAUGGAUGCCGCUUCGAAAUUCAAUUUGACAGAUGCUGACGGCAAUGUAUUGUCUAUGAAGGACGUGUUAGAUGCCAGCUCGGAUAGCAUAGACAAUAUGAGCAUAGAUGAAAAGGCUGGGUGCAUAGAUUUGCCCUUUGAGCCUAGAGAAAGGGGGCUUUUUAAUCUGUGUUUAUUGGUUGGAUUGAAUCAUAUGACUGGACAGGCGUAUGUUAAAAGCGUGUUCCCUAGUCAGGUACAAGUGCCGCCCCACAUAGAGAACCUGGUCUUCCCGGAGACGAUGAGUUCAUCACCUCGCAGCGAGUGAACAAAAAUAAUAAAGCGUCCGAUAGAACCACGCGUGGACGAGGACAAUAUGUCAGUGUUGCUGGACUUGUUGGGCGCUGGACUAGUCAUCAAGGUGUUCGGGUCACUACUGCUGGAGAGGAAGGUCAUCAUCAUUGGAGACCAGCUCAGGUAA